AUGGAAAGAUUCAGUGACGGGCUGGCGCCUCCUUAUGCAAUAUUGUCACACACGUGGGGCCAAGACAACGACGAAGUAACCUUUGCGGAUAUCGUCGAUGGGAAGGGGAAGGACAAGGCUGGUUACAAAAAGAUAUACUUUUGCGACAUUCAAGCACAAAGUGAUAGUCUACAGUACUUCUGGAUCGAUACAUGUUGCAUCAACAAGGACGACAAGGCUGAGCUCUCUCAAGCUAUCCAGUCCAUGUUUCGUUGGUACCAGAACGCGAAAACAUGCUAUGUUUAUCUAUCAGACGCUAUGUUCAGGUCUAGUCGCUGGUUUACUCGUGGCUGGACACUCCAAGAGCUGAUCGCACCGUGCACGGUCAGGUUCUUUUCCAAAGAAGGGGAUAAACUAGGUGACAGAUCUUUGUUGCGAUGCUUGAUCAACAAGAUAACAAGCAUUCCUCUUGAAGUGCUUGAUGGAGGUGGAUUGUCUCAAUUCAAAAACGAUGAACGGCAGCGAUGGGCAAACGACAGGAAUACAAAGCUUGAAGAGGAUAAAGCAUAUGCUUUAUCAGGUCUUUGCGGUGUACACAUUGCGCCUGUGUAUGGGGAGGGUAAAGAGGAAGCGUUUAGACGACUUCGCCGUGAGAUUGAGAAGUUGGAAACCUGCAUUCGUCAUUUGCGCGAUAGCGAUCCUCAUAAUCGCACCUUCCAGCAGUGGCAGCACGAUCGUACAAGCCAACUGCUCUGGGUGAAGGGCGAUCCUGGUAAAGGCAAAACGAUGCUGCUAUGCGGCAUAAUCGACGAGAUACAGAAGGAUGUCAGACGGAAUACGGUCGCGUACUUCUUCUGCCAAGCAACGGAUUCGCGCAUCAAUAACGCCGUAGCGGUUCUGCGAGGACUGCUAUAUAUGCUUUUAGAUCAGCAGCCGCUCCUAGCGCGGCACGUCCUAAAGCAACACGAGCAUGCAGGCAAAUGGCUAUUUAUGGAUGCGAAUGCAUGGGUAGCACUAAAAGACAUAUUCAGAGACGUCCUUCAGGAUCCAAACCUUGGCAGGACAUGUCUUGUUGUCGAUGCCCUAGACGAGUGCAUCGUCGAUCUACCAAAGCUACUAGAUUUUGUGGCUAUACAGUCAUCAAAAUCUGGGCGCGUGAAGUGGAUUGUGUCUAGCCGCAACUGGCCUGACAUUGAAGCACAGCUAGAGCGGGCAGGACACAAAAUCAAGCUGAGUCUUGAGUUGAAUGCAGAUUCGAUAGCCACGGCGGUUGACGCCUUCAUUGAGAAAAAGGUGAAAAUUUUAGCUUCUGAGAAGCAGUACACACCAAAACUACAGCUAGAAGUGCUUCGACAUCUGACUUCGAACGCUAACGACACUUUUCUGUGGGUGGCGCUGGCUUGUCAGAAUCUGGAGAAAACCUCUAAAAGGCAUGUACAGAAAAGACUCACCCAAUUCCCACCUGGUCUGGACGCUCUUUAUGAGAGGAUGAUGAACCAGGUUGGUGUAUCAGAGGAUGCCGACACCUGUCUGCAAGUUUCAGCAUUGGCUGCAGUUUCCUAUCGACCUAUAACCAUCUCUGAGCUAGUCACUCUAGCCGAAAAAGUUCAGGAGAAUGCUGACGACGUAGAGGAGAUCGUCUCUUUUUGUGGGUCUUUCCUCACGCUGCGAGAAGGCAUUGUUUACUUUGUGCAUCAAUCAGCCAAGGACUUUCUGCUCACCAAAGCAGUCUCGCAGAUCUUCCCAGGCGGAGUAGAGGUUGUUCAUUGUUCGGCCUUCUUGAGGUCCAUGGGGGCCUUGUCUAGUACAUUGCACAAGGACAUCUAUGAACUCAAAGAGCAAGGAAUUGCUAACGACGACGUCGAUAUACCUGCUCAAGAUCCUCUCGCAUCUGUACGAUACUCUUGCACUUACUGGGCUGACCAUCUCUGCGACUCGAAUCCUGACUGGUCCGCUAAUGCAGAGAAGCCGAAACUCAUAGCUACAAUCGAGGGUUUUUUCAAGGUGACAUAUCUACACUGGAUCGAGGCGCUGAGUCUAUGUCAGAGCGUAGAAAAAGGCGUCGUAGCCGUUGCUAAAGUGCUUCAACUGGUGCAGAAUGACCAAGGUUUAAGUGAACUUGCCUUACUCAUCUAUGAUGCAUGGCGUUUCAUCAUGCAUCAUAAGAAUAUGAUUAAAAGAUGGCCACUACAGAUAUACACGUCGGGUAUACUAUUCAGUCCUAGAAAGAGCAUUAUCAAAAAUAUCUUCAAAUCCCAAGCACACGGAUGGGAUAUCCAGCCAGAUUUAGAACACGACUGGAGCGCGUGUCUGCAGACACUUGAGGGGCAUUCGGAUCGAGUCAACUCAGUAGCAUUCUCGUCUGAUGGAGCGAGGUUAGCGUCAGGAUCAGACGAUAAGACUGUCAAGAUAUGGGACGCGCAUAGCGGGCAGUGCCUGCAGACUAUCGAGAUACACAGUAGUCGGAUCGAAUCAGUAUCAUUCUCGCCUAAUGAUACAACAAGAGUAUCGUUGAAAUUAUACAAUAGAACAGUAAAGAUCUGGGACUUGUAUAGCGGGGAGUGCCUACAGACGCUCUGGGGUCAUACAAGUCAGGUCGACUCAGUGGCCUUCUCGUCCGAUGGAACUAGGGUGGUAUCGGCGUCACAAAGCCAGAUUAAGAUCUGGGACUGGCACAAUGGGCAGUAUAUACAGACUCUUGAGGUGCAUAGCAGAUGGGUCAACUUGGCAGCCUUCUCAGCAGAUGGGACGAAGUUACUUUCACUAUCAGAUAGCACGACGAUUAUGAUCUGGGAUGCGUAUAGUGGACAAUUUUUGCAGAAACUCGAAGGGCAUGAAGAGUGGAUCAACUCGGCAGUCUUCUCGCCUGAUGGAAUGAGGUUGGCUUCGGCGUUAGGAAACAAGACAGUCAAGAUCUGGGACGCACAAAAUGGACAUUACUUACAAAAGCCUGAGAGGAAUUUGGAUUUGGUCGACUCAGUAGCUUUCUCGUCCGACGGAGCGAGGCUGGUGUCGGCGUCAACUACCGGCAUCAAGAUCUGGGAUGCGUAUAGUGGGCAGUGGCUGAAGACACUCAAGGGGAAUGACUUUGCGUUCAAGUCAGCAGCCUUCUCGCUCGAUGGAACGAGGCUGGUGUCGGUGUCAAGCGAUAUUAAGAUCUGGGAUGCGUAUAGUGGGCAGCGCCUACAGACGCUCAGGGGGUAUGGGAAUGGGAUCAUAUCAGCAGCCUUCUCAGCCGAUGGAACACAUAUCAUUUCCGGUAAUGAUCGUUUUCACCUUGAUGCCUCCACUGUUGGCACCACUAACAACAUCAUCGAUAUUGGCCACUUACACGAUAUCGAUACAGAUAUAAUCUUAUCCAAAGAGUGGGUCUCAAUAAGAGGAAAAAAUAUUCUCUGGAUUCCUGAAGGGUUUCGCGGUUCUAUGUUCGCUGUCAGGAACAACAAGACUGCAGUUGCCAAGUAUUUUGGUAGAAUAUGGAUAUGCACUGUUGGUUCGUCACUUUGA